UUCAUUUAAGUUUCGCCAUAGAACGCUGAAAAAACACAACUACAACACGCGGAGAAAACUGCUUCAAAAAGUAAAAUUAAGUAUAUUUAAUUAAGUUAUACAUUAAAUAUAAGUAAAAUGACUGAUGUGCUGGAUAUUGACAAUGCCGAAGAGUUUGAAGUGGACGAGGAUGGCGACCAGGGCAUUGUACGCUUGAAGGAGAAAGCUAAACAUCGCAAAGGACGUGGAUUUGGAAGCGAUAGCAACACACGUGAAGCCAUUCACAGUUAUGAAAGGGUGCGCAACGAAGAUGACGAUGAGUUGGAACCAGGGCCGCAACGCUCCGUUGAGGGCUGGAUACUGUUUGUGACCUCCAUACACGAGGAGGCGCAGGAGGAUGAAAUACAGGAGAAAUUCUGCGAUUAUGGGGAGAUCAAAAACAUACACUUAAAUCUUGAUCGACGCACAGGUUUCUCAAAGGGCUAUGCCUUGGUCGAGUAUGAGACGCACAAGCAAGCGCUGGCAGCCAAGGAGGCGCUCCAUGGAGCUGAUAUAAUGGGACAAACGAUUCAAGUGGAUUGGUGCUUCGUCAAGGGACCCAAGCGUGUAAAGAAAUCGGAAAAGCGACGCAGAUAGACUAUGCGAAAUCCUAAGAGUAACUCAUAAAUUAAAAUAAAAAUUGAAAUAAACUUUAUUGCAGUGUCGAUACAAAAGGAUCUCCCAAAGUUUCAAUUGAUUUGCAUCUACUGCUUCUACUCUCAUCCUCAUCUGCUUCCCUUCAUCUUCAUUUAAUUUCCAUAUCUGUUGUUCCAUUACCAUCUGUGUCUGUAUCUGUUGCCCUCAUUUACUUGAGCUCCAUC